UCCUCAUGGAUGGGUCCAACGUGACCCCGACUGUCGCGGAAGCGUCCCUGAAUGCCUCGAGCAGCGGGAACGCCUCCGUGGGGAGUCCGCGUCCGCACAUCCCAGUGGUGCACUGGGUCAUCAUGGGCAUUUCCCCGCUGGGGCUGGUGGGAAAUGGAAUUCUCCUCUCGUUCCUCUGCUUCCGGAUGAGGAGAAGCCCCUUCACGGUCUACAUCACCCACCUGUCCAUCGCAGACAUCUCCCUGCUCUUCUGUAUUUUCAUCCUGUCCAUCGACUAUGCUUUAGACUAUGAGCUCUCUUCUGGCCACUACUACACGAUUGUCACGUUAUCAGUGACUUUCCUGUUUGGCUACAACACGGGCCUCUAUUUGCUGACGGCCAUCAGUGUGGAGAGAUGCCUUUCAGUCCUCUACCCCAUCUGGUACCGAUGCCACCGUCCCAAGCACCAGUCGGCACUGGUCUGCGCCCUCCUGUGGGCGCUUUCUUGCUUGGUGACCACCACGGAAUAUGUCAUGUGCAUCGACAGCGAAGAGGGUCACUCCCGAAGUGACUGCAGGGCGGUCAUCAUCUUCAUAGCCGUUCUGAGCUUCUUGGUCUUCAUUCCCCUUAUGCUGGUGUCCAGCACCAUCUUGGUGGUGAAGAUCCGAAAGAACACGUGGACGCCGCACUCCUCGAAGCUGUACAUGGUCAUCAUGGUCACCAUCAUCAUAUUCCUCAUCUUCGCCGUGCCCAUGAGAGUCCUCUACCUGCUGUACUAUGAGUACUGGUCCACGUUCGGGAACCUGCACAACCUCUCUCUGCUCUUCUCCACCAUCAACAGUAGCGCCAACCCUUUCAUUUACUUCUUUGUGGGCAGCAGCAAGAAGAAGCGGUUCAAGGAGUCCUUAAAAGUGGUUCUGACCAGGGCUUUCAAAGACGAAAUGCAGCCUCGGCGCCAGGAGGGCAAUGGCCACACCAUCUCCAUCGAGACGGUCGUCUGAGGCCUGAGGAGGACAGAAGUGUAGACAGAGGUGGUGGAGC